UAUUCAAUUGAUUUGAAGUAUGUAUAAAAGAUUAAGUGUAAUAAUGAAAUAAUAGAUAAAGAUCCGAAAUAGUUUUCCCGCCUUUAUUUUUUCUUCUUCUUCCUCAAAAUCAGACAAAACAAUCGAUCAGUUGAAGCAUAAUUCAAUGUGUGCAUCUGGAAGAGAAGAAGAACAAUGGAGGAAUUGAUCUCGAACUUCACCAAAACCCUAGCGCCGUUCUGCAACCAUCUCCAAAACAGCUGCGAUGCCCUCAAGCAGUCCAUGGAUCGCCGCCCCAUUCCCCUUGAUUCGGCAUCAUCGACCUUCAUACAAUCUCUCAACCGCCGCGUGUCGACUGCUAACGUUGAUCUCAACUUGCUCGAAUCAAUGUCAUUAGAAACAGUAUCAUUCGAGGAGCUUUUAGGUCAUGUCAGUGAAGUAUAUAAGAAGAACGAAAGUGAUCUUCUGGAGCUACAGAAGCAGCUCAAAGGUGUCGGAUACAUUCCAGAGUUUGAGAUUGAUGAAGACGACGAAAUUCUUAAUCAUGUAUCAACGCCUGGGUUGAAUUACGAGCUUGCAAGUUCCAUGGAUGGAUUGAACGUACCGUCUUCUUACCAUAAAUCAGUCUCCACGACAGGACUUGCUAAGCAUAGUUUUGAAGAAGAUAUACUGCUCGACGACUCUUUAAGUUUACAAAAUGCUGGGCUUUCUGAUGUUUGCCUUGCCACUCUAGCAUCUGAAGGCAACUCUACGUUCAAAGAUCCAUACAUGGAUUUGCAUACACCAAAAAAAUCCUUAGAGAAACCGCUUGGCUCAAAUUUUCCACACCAAUCCACAGAACAGACUGUGGGAUCCCCUGAAGGGGAAGGUGAAGAUUACUUGACAUUUGAAGAAGCCAUUUCACCUCUAAUUACGCUCUCAAAGGACGAUUUUGAAAGCCUCCCAUCAUAUAUGAAGGGCCUAGCAUCAUGGGAGGACCUCAUCGUGGCUGUUGAGAAGAUCAAUUCAUGCUUGGAGACGAAAGGCAAGGGGAAAAACUAUAUCCUUCAAGAUGAAAUUUCAACUAUGGACCUUGGUCCCAAAGCAAGAUCUUUUCUUCUUCUACUUGUGCGAAUGAAGCGAGUGGUUGUGGAAACGGUUGAGGGUCAAAUAUCCUACAGAGUCUUAUAGAGAAAUUGAAUUUGCCUUCAAUUUAAUAACAUUCGAUGUCCUACACAGGUUUGUUCCUAAAUCACCGAAUGCACAGUUCUUAUAUAAUCUUUCCCUUGACCAAUUUCUUCAGGAGAAUGCGAGUAAUUAUUUGCAGUGGUUUGCCCAAUAUUUCGAUAUUUAGAUAUAUAAGAGCUUGAAAUAAUUUUAUUU